AUGUCCUCGUUAAUCGAUAGCGGUGCACACUUUAAAAGGCGGUCGGAUGAGGUCGGCCUCAGCAGUGCCGGGUGGACGAUCCUUCAGGCCCUUGGCAUUACCUCUGUAGGCAAGGCGGCGUACACCAUCACGUCGCCAGGUGAGCCAGUCACGGAACCCAUAUUCCGAGAUUGGGUUGCCGACAAUGCUGCAGUUAUGACUCUGGGUGAUCAAUCAUGCUUGAAAAGGCUCGUGUUCGAGUCCCAGACUCUGGUCGUUGCUGAGUUGCGCGACCAAGUAUCCGGGUCUCAAUCAUCUGCCCCUCGUCGUGUUCCCGAAGCUGAGCGCGACCGAAGACUGAACGAUCUUAGGGCGGCCCUCCCAGGCAUCACGCUGGAGGGCGUGAACAUGCCAAGCAAUGCCCUGUUGGAUUCAUGUUGUCAGCAAGAGCGAGACAACUUGCUUAAGUACAUCCCGCCUGAGAAGGUCACGAGCCGCACCCAUGAACUCACGAAUCCAAGACCGACCCAUCAGGCGCUGCAGGUCGAAGCAUCCAAGAUAGUUCUCGAGAGUGACGCUGAUGCCGUUGAGUAUCAACCGGUCAAUGCGCUCCAGACCAUGGAGGCCCUUCGACGACGAGGUUUGGCCAUGGUGUUUGCACAGAUGAUUUCAUAUGAUGCCUACGAUCGGUAUGUGAAUCGUCUCUUUAACCACCUGUCCCGUGACCCGCCGCCAGGGCUCAAUCGCGUGAAUGUGACACAAUUGGUUAACGCUGACAAGCAGGUGUUUGCACUGCUGGCCGAAUGGGGUGUCAAACCAAGGAGGGAUACCGCAGGCGAGUGUCCCCUUGACCGAGAGAUGCACCGCGCUUUGGAAUCCUACGAGGUGUCCAUUGCCCUCAUGCACCAGGCCGGUGGCCUUUGGAUCGAGGGCGCUGGUGAGGAGGUUUGUCCUGACCCAGGGCAUCCCGACGCCAAGGGACAUGUUCUGCAACUGCAUGAGCCGAUCCAGUUCGAUGCGCACCGGCUGCAUGCGACGUGCCUGUGGACAGGAAAUCGCACUGUGCUAGCCGCUUUCGUAAUCAAUGAUUUCCACAAGUUGGAUGCUCAGUACCGCCAGCUUCUUCAGCACACUGCCUUUCGCUUGCCAAGCCUGUCUACUGGCGAGCUCCUGCCUUUGCGCCCAAGCAUCGCUUCGCGAUUCCCAGUGGUCCUUGAAAUUUUUGCGGGUACAGCUCGUGUGACCGCAGCCUUGCGUCGCUGUGGCUUUGUCGGGGCCCAAGGUGUUGAUCACGUGGUCGUGGAUCAUGCUGCCUGUCCUGUGCUGUUGGCCGAUCUGACUACGCAAGAGGGCCAGCGUUUGACAAUGAUGUGGCUUUCCAGCCCUCAUGUUGUGGGUGUCUUCAUCGCUCCACCGUGUGGCACCAGCUCUCGCGUCCGGGAGAUUGCGCUCCCUGGGCCUUCUCCCGCCCCGCUGCGAUCACUAACUUUUCCCGACGGACUGCCCCAUCUGUCUGGUCUCAACCUGGUGCGCGUCAACAGGGCUAAUCAGCUGUACCACUUUACGACUACCAUCUGUGCUGAGGCCCAUCACCGCAACCUCAUCAUUGCCGUGGAAAAUCCGCGGAGUAGUCUCUACUGGUCCACCAGCUUCUGGGCUGCUGCGGCCUCCUCCUAUGCAUACUGGUUUUCAACACUGUGCCUUUGGCGGUCGCCGGCCCAAGUGGCCGAGCCCUCCCUUGCAGCCAUGAGGGCCACUUCCGGCCUUCAGCCCAAGGCUUCUGCCGUGCCGCCUCUUGUCCCCGAGCACAAAGCUGUGCUUGUAAUGACCGGCCCAAGUGAUGCCACUUCCUUGCCGACCCUUCGCGCCCGACUGCCCGAGCCGUGGUCUGACUCGCGCUUCGCGCCUGCUGGGCCCGUGCCAGCCCACAGUCAAUUACUCCGAGCGGAUAAGAAGGGAAGUGAUCGACUUGAAUUGGCUUGGGGCAUAUCUUGGUCUCCAGAAGAGUUCAUACAUAAAGCGGUUCAAGCGGGACAUCCCAAAAAGUUUGACUCGCUACUGCCUUCCGCACUGAGCCACAGCAUAGACGUAAAUGCAAAAACAACGCCGGCCGAUAGAGCCGGCCUCAGAGCCGAAUGGUUUGCAAAGUGGACCGAACGUGCAGCUGAACUUUCGGGGGACGAAAAGAAGCUCAAGAGCUCUCUCCCCGAGUACGCCAGGAAGAUCGUCCUACCAAAAAGGAUUUUAUUGUGGCGUGAGAUUCUAGAGGAUCUCAAAUAUCCUGACAUUGGAGUGCUGGACGAAAUGCUCGAAGGAGUGCACUUGACAGGUCAGACCCCUUGCACAGGGGUCUUUCCUGGGGCCUUUAAGCCAGCAAAAAGGACUUCGGAACAGCUGCGCUCCAAAGCUAGUGAGUCCCGCCAGAAGAUCAUCGAUGCGAUCAAAUCGCAGGGUCACCUGGAUGAAGCGCUAGAGCAAAAGGUCGACGAAGAAGUGGAACUCGGCUGGUUGUCCGAGCCGAUAGACCCGGCCGAUUUGCCGGAAGGCGCCACAAUCAGCAGGAGGUUUGCGAUCGAGCAGUCAGGUAAGAUUCGCUUGAUAGACGACCUGAGUGAUAGUGGUGUUAAUGGGUCUGUCCAAACCACCGAGAGCCCCAAACCUCAAUCCCUCGAUGUGGUGGCCGCCAUGGCCUUGGCCUGUCUUAGACAGCUGCCUGGGACUCCCAUGCUAGGGAAGACGUUCGACUUAAAGAGCGCCUACAGGCAAAUGUUUGUGUCUCCAGACGACCUCAAGGAAGCUUACAUUGCAUACUUCAGCCACCGCGAACGCAAAGUGAUCGUAAGGCAAAUGCUUGCGCUCCCAUUCGGGGCGACCAGAGCGGUGUUUUCGUAUUUGAGAGUGGCGCACUCUAUGUGGUACAUUGGGUGCUGGGCACUGAAGUUGAUUUGGUCGCAUUUCUUCGACGACUUUUUGAGUCUGGCGACUCAGAUCGAGGCCAAAGCAGUUGACCUAGCAAUAUCAUCAUUGUUCAGGGGAAGUCCUGUUCCAGAAUACGGACAAGCGCAUCUUGGAGGUUUCGGCCACGCUCGCCAUGCAGCUGAUGAUCCAGCUCUCACCCAGAAGGACCUGUCGCGCAUUCGGGGUCGCAUGGUCUUCGCAGGGGGCCAGCUCUUCGGAAGAGCCGGCCGGCUAUGCGUGGCCGCCCUAGCUGGUGAAGGUUGCUCGACCAAGGCAAACCUUAGCAACGACGCGAAGCAAGCUAUGCUUCAGUUUGCCGACCUGCUUGAAGCCAACUGGCCGCGCGUGCUGAGAGAUGUGUCGGCAGAUCCAGUGUAUAUCUUCACUGAUGCCUCGUAUUCCGAGGUGAGUGGAGGUACUUUCUGCGGCAUAGGCGGAGUCUGCUUUGACCACAAAGGCCAUCCCCUUGGAUUUUUCUCCGAAGAAUUGUCCUGUUUCCAGAAGCGUCUACUAGGAGAGGGAAGGUCCAAGACCAUCAUCUUCGAGGCGGAACUUGCAACAAUCGUGAUCGCUUAUGUCCUAUGGAAAGAUUGGCUUAGGGGAAAACCUGCUGUGAUUUUUGUGGAUAAUAACUCCGCUAGAGACGUGUCAAUCAGUGGCACAUCACGGAAUGAUGUAGGCAAAUCGCUUGCAUCACUUCUUUUAACAGUGGAAUCCUUAGCCAAAACUUUUUCGUGGUUCGCUCGUGUUCCGUCACCAGCGAACAUCGCAGACACGCCUUCGCGUGAAGUGCUGAAAAGCUUCACCGUGUCAGGUUGCCCCGUCCCUCACUUCCCGUGCGAGGACAUCGUGUCCGAAGUCUUGGGCAUCUUAGUCAAGUAA